UGUAAGGGGUGACGCAGCUCAACUUCUGUGGACUCCUGCCCCAUGUCCCUGGGUCUCCGCUCCAGCCUGUUGCUUUCCUGGUGACUCCAGGUCGGUUUUUAGGGCAGACUUCACUUUGACUUCCAAACUUCUAGGCUAGGGGCUCACUUCGGAAUUAAUCCCCGCCUCCUGCCUCCCUGCAAGCUCCCCUCAGGGGCAGUUGUCACCACAGCUGCUGGGCCUGCAACUAAGCGCAGAGAAGAAGAAUGAAGCCUUCCUGGCUGCAGUGUCGCAAAGUAACAGGCGCCGGGACGCUUGGGGCGCCCCUGCCAGGGUCCCCUUCGGCCAGAGCAGCCGGUGCAGCCCGAAGGGCUUUGGUGGCCGGUCUCGGGGGCCGGGGCUGCAGGACUCUGACCACCUCCAGUGGUGGCGAGUACAGGACCCAUUUCGCAGCCUCUGUGGCCGACCCGGAGAGGUUCUGGGGUAAAGCUGCUGAACAGAUCAGUUGGUACAAGCCCUGGACCAAAACGCUAGAAAGCAGCUACCCGCCUUCCACUAGCUGGUUUGUGGAAGGGAUGCUUAAUAUUUGUUACAAUGCUAUUGAUCGGCACAUUGAAAAUGGCCAAGGGGAUAAGAUUGCCAUCAUCUAUGACAGUCCUGUUACAAACACCAAAGCAACUAUCACCUAUAAGGAAGUCUUGGAGCAGGUCUCUAAACUGGCUGGUGUCUUGGUCAAGCAGGGUGUCAAGAAAGGUGACACCGUGGUCAUCUAUAUGCCCAUGAUUCCACAAGCAAUAUAUACCAUGCUGGCGUGUGCAAGGAUAGGAGCCAUCCACAGCCUCAUAUUUGGAGGGUUUGCAUCCAAAGAACUAAGUACCCGCAUUGACCAUGCAAAGCCCAAGGUGGUUGUUACAGCAUCCUUUGGUAUUGAACCAGGAAGGAAGGUAGAGUACAUCCCGCUCUUAGAAGAAGCUCUGAGAAUGGGGCAACACAGACCAGACAGAGUUCUCAUCUACAGUCGUCCAAAUAUGGAGAAAGUUCCUUUGAUGCCAGAUCGUGAUCUGGAUUGGGAAGAAGAAAUGGCAAAAGCCCAGUCACAUGACUGUGUGCCUGUUCUCUCAGAGCACCCAUUGUACAUUCUCUACACAUCUGGAACAACAGGGCUGCCUAAGGGUGUGGUUAGACCCACUGGGGGAUAUGCUGUAAUGCUGAACUGGACAAUGUCUUCCAUAUAUGGCCUCAAACCCGGAGAGGUAUGGUGGGCAGCUUCUGAUUUAGGCUGGGUGGUCGGACAUUCCUAUAUUUGCUAUGGGCCUCUUCUACAUGGAAACACAACGGUUUUAUAUGAGGGAAAGCCCGUGGGAACACCAGAUGCCGGCGCGUAUUUCCGUGUGCUUGCAGAGCAUGGAGUGGCUGCCUUGUUUACAGCACCGACUGCAAUUAGAGCAAUCCGUCAGCAGGACCCUGGGGCAGCCUUGGGGAAGCAGUACUCUUUGACAAGGUUCAAGACACUGUUUGUGGCUGGGGAAAGAUGUGAUGUGGAAACCCUAGAAUGGUCCAAAAAGGUCUUCAGAGUCCCUGUUCUAGAUCAUUGGUGGCAAACAGAGACUGGAUCCCCAAUAACAGCAUCAUGUAUUGGAUUGGGCAACUCCAAAACACCUCCACCAGGGCAAGCAGGAAAAUGUGUUCCAGGAUACAAUGUUAUGAUUUUGGAUGACAACAUGCAAAAAUUGAAGGCUCGAAGCUUAGGAAAUAUUGUGGUAAAGUUGCCAUUACCACCUGGGGCUUUCUCGGGACUCUGGAAGAAUCAGGAAGCUUUCAAGCAUUUAUACUUUGAGAAAUUUCCUGGAUACUAUGACACGAUGGAUGCAGGCUACAUGGAUGAAGAAGGAUACCUGUAUGUUAUGUCUCGGGUGGAUGAUGUAAUAAAUGUUGCAGGCCACAGGAUUUCUGCAGGUGCUAUUGAAGAGUCAGUCCUUUCCCAUGGCACUGUGGCUGACUGUGCUGUGGUUGGCAAGGAAGACCCUUUGAAAGGUCACGUUCCCUUAGCACUCUGCGUGUUGAAAAAAGAUAUAAAUGCAACAGAAGAACAAGUUUUGGAAGAAAUUGUGAAGCAUGUUAGGCAGAGCAUUGGCCCCGUGGCUGCUUUUCGAAAUGCAGUUUUUGUCAAACAGUUACCCAAAACGAGGUCUGGCAAAAUUCCACGGUCUACACUGUCUGCCUUGGUCAAUGGCAAGCCAUAUAAGGUGACUCCUACUAUCGAGGACCCCAGCAUUUUUGGUCACAUAGAAGAAGUGCUGAGACAGACCUUGUGAUUUUUUAUUUACUAUCUCCAGUCAGUCUGUCUUAAUUUUCUAGCUGGAUGUAAGUUGUUUGUUUUCUAUAAAGAAGCAGCUGAAAAGAAAUCCUUCUCAACUUGAAUGUGAGCCUUAGGGUUAAAUCAGUCUAGCAGCCCGUGAAAGAGGCUAUAUUUUGUGUUACAUUAUGUGAACCAGUUCGCAUUGUUACCUCUUUCCUGCAACAUGGAUCAUUUUAUUCUAUCUUGCAUAAUAACAAACAUGUCUUUGGCGUAUGAUUUUAUAGAUUCCUGUGCCUUACAAACACAUUUUAAUUGGAAGUAUGUGUAAUAUAAACACACUUCCAGGAGAUAAGAAUCAGCCACAGUUUGAUCAAAAUCUAAACUCAAAGUCAGAAUAUCAUUUAAAACAUUAUUAUGGAAACUCAGAUGUUGUUUAAUGUUUUUUUUAAGAUGACUACCAUGUUUUUAGGUAAUCAUUUAGACAGAAUAGGUUGCUUAGCAAAACAGGGCCCCUGGUUGGAGUACCAUUUCUAUGUUGUCUGUUACUGGGUAAGGGGAGGCUUGUGUCUGGCAGAGAAACUAGAGAACUUACCAUCAAAUCUUUUGUGGGGAUGAAGGCUCCUCGAAUCCCCUUGCCAUAGCUGAUUGUGUGCAUCUUGAUGCUUUCAUCUUCCAAUGGCAUGAGGGAAAUGACACACGAAUUGAAUGGAGUGACAAAAAGGAUGAUAUACAGAGAAAUUUGGAAGUUUUCAUCUUAUUCUAAAAAUCAAGAGACUUUCUGGGCAAUAUCAACGAGUCCCCCAUUCUCUUUUAUUUAUUUAUAUUAUUUUUUAUUUUUAUUCUCCCUAUAUUUUUUGACCAGGUCACAUGUUUCCUAGGUUGGCCUCACAUUUGCUAUGUCAGUGUGGCUGACUUUGAAAUCCUGGUCUUCUUGUCUCUAACUCCUGGUUGCUGGGGUUAGAGGCAUGUACUACCAUACUUAGCUCCACACUAGCUUUUUUUUUUUUCUCUUAUUGGAUUGAACCCAGAGCCUUGUGCAUGUUAGGCAAGCACUCUUCCACUGAGCUUUACUCCAGGAGAUCAAUGAAUUUAUGGUGGAUCCUUGAGCCACAUGAACUAACAAGUGAUUUUAAGAACAAUAGAGAGCCUUAAGUACUGGCAAUCAUGUGUUCCAUCAAGGGGGCAACCAUAGCAGGCCCCAGAGAAAUAUGGCUCAGGAGAGAGGCUGGACUACAUUUCAAGAGCCUCUGGGUUUCAAGAGAACCCCAAAUAUCUACUUUUAUUACAAGUUUUAACUUUAAAUCAUGUUAAUUCAUUUAAAUAUUAUACUCUAACAUACAGUUCCAUCUGUGUUUCUAUAAAAUGAUUGAGCCUUUUCAAAAAAUUGAAAAUGAGCCUUUAAUAAGGUUAUAGAAAUAUAUCCAUUUGCUAGAAUAGAAAGACAUAGUCAACUAGCUUAGAGCUCGACAUGUAUUAUUCAUCAGAGCAUAUAUUUAAACCCAAAAUGUAUACUGUGUUCAUUGAAUCAUUGAGAGUUCUCAGAAUAAUUUCUCAAUUCUUCAGUUUUUGAGAAACACUAUGAAGAGCACAAUGUGCUAUUAGAAUCAAAUUACACAAAAUACAGGUGAAAAGUAACAAACAGAUUAAUUUACUUGUCAUAAAAAUUAUGUGUAUCUUAUAUAAAAGCUAUCUUUUUAGGCCUCUUUGGACUGCUGCUUAGAUAAUAAAUGGCUUUUCAAAGGAAACAUUUAUUGAUUAAGCUACCUUCUUCAUUGAUAUAUCUGAAGAUAAUAACUUUAUCAUCUCUAAUUAUUUUGGUUGCCUGAAUUAAACCAACUGGAUAGAUAUUUUAUAACUGGAAGCUGUUGAGUUCCUUAAAUUUUUCAUUGUAUGUGUAAAUUGUGUACAUUAUCAAAACUGUAGGGGUUACAAAUCAACAGUUUUUAAUGUCAGCAUUACAAUACCGUUCAUUAUUUUUCCCCACAUGAGUCAGAUAUUUUAACUGAAUUCAGCAUUUUUUGUUUGCAAGUUAUAAACUCAGGCAGAUCUAAGGAUUGAGCAAAGAUUUCAUGUUUGGACCGUUUGUAGAUAUUCCUCUUUAUCAGAUCUGAAGGGACACCUCAGCAAACAGGACUGGAUUAUUUUCCAUUUGUGGGAAUCUUGAAAAAACAAAACAAAACAAACAAAAAACCAAAACCAAAACCAAGUGUAUCACACUUCAGAAGGAGUUGUUUCUUAUGUUUCAGUGAGGAAAUUCAUGUCCACUAUAGACCAGAGACAGGGAUCACAUUCAUGUGGCUAAAAUGGAGGAAUGAAAUAUAUAACUUAGUCAUCAGACUGCUUAAAAUUUGGGGAGAAAAAUUAAAUAACUUCCUAUUUUAAAUCUCAACAUCUUUUUUUUUUUUGCCAAAUUGCAUCCAAAGUAUUUUGAACUGAAUGUGUCAUUAAUAGCAAUAAUACAAUCUAAGAAAUGUGACCUUACUUAAAUUUAUGUAAAUGGAUUCUGUGUGAUCUUGUAUUUUAUGAAAUUUUUAAAUUUGUAAGACAUUUGAGAAAUGAAAAUAAAAGCACUUUUAAUACUUAAAGAGUGUGCCAAUUUAUUUUCCCCAUAAAAAUACACUAAAUAGAUAUAAAUGAAACUGUUUUACACAUCCAAAGGUAGGUUUAUUUAUAUAAAAUUGUAUUUGAAAGGGUUUGAUUCUAAUGUUGGUGGUCAAAAGGAAAACAAAAAACAAACAAAACAAAACAAAACAACAACAAAAAACCCCACCCUGAAAUACAAGCUCAAUCCAUGAAACUGAUUUUCAAAUCUGACUACAGUUUUCUAUACAUUAAAGCAUAUUUUGCAUUUUCUUGAGGAGAGUAGUUGGAUACUUUGUAUCACCCUGUAGGACCCAGUACAUAUCACCAGUAAUUUUUUAAAUGUAAUUUCCAAAAACAAGAAACUGACUUUGAUGACUGAGUGAGUGGUUGUUAGAGUUGGAUAUGGAAUGUCCCCCAAACUUUGUGUGCUGAGUGCCUGGUAAGGACGAGGAUGAUGGGGAAUGCUUACCUCACUGGUGUGUGCCCCUCCCAAGGGGACUCUGUGUCCCCAGCCCCAUCAUCUUUCUCUAUCUUCUGUGGCCAUGAGACAAGCAGGUUUCUCCAGUACAUACUUCCCGCCAUGCCGCUCCACCCCACUUGAUUUCCCAAAGCAUGCAGACUUGCUGGUUCUUGAGCUGAAUCAUCCGAAAAUAUCGGCCAAGAUACCUUUUUCUUCUUUAUAAAUUAAUUAUCAGAAGUAUUUCACUACAACUCUGCAAACCUGAUUGUCAUACUGGUCUAUAAAUAUAAACACAAAUCUUUCUAGCCUAUGAGUAUCAUGGUUUCUCUUGUAUUUCAUUUAGAUGACUUUCUUCUUGUCAUUAGCUGCUCUUAGCAAGUCCUUUCACGUUGUUUUCACUCAAGCAACAGUUUUUUUUUUUUUUUUUUUUUCCUUAAUGCAAAGCACUUCCAUAAGCUAGUUUAGACCUCCCUCUAGUGGCAGCCUCGAUUUUGAGUAAAACAGCCUUGGAAAUCACUGAAUGAUUUUCUUUGUAAUUCGUGCAGAUGGUUGAAUAUUACGCUACUAGAAAACAAAGCUUAAGCAGAAAACUGGAAGCAUUUUUUUUUAUUGACAAUGGAAAGGUUUUUUUUUACCAUUACCUUUUGAAUGAAUCUGUUCAACAAAAACAGACAUCAAAACAAAGGUACGUGCAAAUAUAACAAAUUAAAUACAAAAAAAAAAAAAAAAAGAAUUUACUAAUGACA